ACACUAUCAUUACCGCGUUAUCAUCGUCGUACUAUGAUAUGACCAUGGCGUCUUCAAUAUCAUUUCAUGACCAAAAUUAUGGAAUGCAGACGGGGAUAAAUAACGGCACGAUCAAUGCUUACUUUAAUUCUUGUGCAGGUAGAUAAGUUAAUGAGGUCUUAUGAAGUUGGGAAUAUUAUUGACGAGUGCAGACCCCCUAGACAAGCUGCUAAUUGCAGAUGGCGCCGAGUUUGACUCGUACGCGGAUCAGCAUGAAUAUUUUUGUCUGCCAGGCACCAGGGUCGAGCUUCUAUCCCAAAUUUCAGAGUGGGCCGAGUCAUCAAACGGGAAAUGUAUAUUCUGGUUGAAUGGAAUGGCGGGAACGGGGAAGUCUACCAUUGCUCGAACAGUUGCUGAAUCCUUCAAAAACAAGGAUCAGCUAGGCGCCACCUUCUUUUUCAAGCGGGGUGAAGCCAAUCGCAGUAAUGCAAGAUAUUUGAUCCCUACUAUCACAAAACAGCUGGUCACCAAACACCAGCGACUGAUUCCCGCUGUCUCAAAAGUUAUUGAGGAUAAUCCAAAUAUCUCAUCUAAAUCUCUCAGCGAACAAUUCGACAAGCUUCUUUUACAGCCUCUGGUUAGGUUAAAUAUGAAUCAACCAGCAACUAUUGUGGUUGUUAUUGACGCAUUGGACGAGUGUGAUCGGGAAGACGAUAUCCAAGUUAUACUUCGACUGUUGCCUAGACUGCAGAAUGUGCAAUCUGUAUGUCUUCGGAUAUUUUUGACUAGCAGGCCUGAACUUCCAAUCCGGCUUAGUUUCAAGCAAAAUAGUAACCAUCAGGACUUAGUUCUCCAUGGUCUUCCUCAGCCUGUGAUUGAACAUGAUAUUCACCUGUUCCUGGAGCACAAACUGUCAGAAAUACGGGACGAACAUUUACUUCCCCCGGAGUGGCCUGGAAAUAAAAAUAUGGAAAAGCUGGUGAAGAUGGCCGUCCCUUUGUUCAUUUUCGCGGCCACUAUCUGCCGUUUUGUAGGGGAUAGGGACUGGCUUCCCGAGGAACGUCUUACAGCUGUUCUCCAAGAUGAAGCAGCAACAUCUACAUCAGAUAUUGAAAGAACGUACCUGCCGGUAUUGAAUCAACUCAUUGUUUCAAGGAAUAAGCGUGAUUGCGAGCAAUUCAUGGAAGAGUUUCAGAACAUAGUUGGAGUUAUUAUUCUUCUCGCUACUCCUCUUUCCGUCAUUGCUCUUGCACGACUGACAGGAAUACCCCAGCGUACUAUCAGCAAUCGAUUGAAUAGAUUCCAUUCGGUCCUAAAUAUACCGGAUGAGCCUCACCAACCAGUCCGCAUUCUGCAUUUGUCAUUCCGAGACUUCCUCAUUAGCACGACAAGCACCUUCCAUGUGGAUGAAAAAGAGACGCAUCGGAAGAUAGUCUUGCAUUGCUUCCGUGUAAUGGGCACUGGCCUGAAGCAAAAUAUCUGUAGUCUAUCAAGCUAUGGAAUAGAGCGAGCUGAUAUUAAAAGCCAGACUGUUAAUCAACAUCUCUCAACAGAUUUGCAAUACUCCUGUCAGUACUGGGUAUAUCACCUUCAGCAGAGUAGAGGUUACGUCUCUGAGUUCCCGAUCCUUCCCUUCUUAAAAACACAUCUCCUUCAUUGGUUCGAGGUACUAAGUCUUAUGGGUAUUCUAUCCGAAGCUGUGGGAAAUAUAGAUAUGCUCCAGGCAGUGGUCGCGAAGAAUACAAAUACUGAAAUCUCUGAGUUUUUAUAUGACGCGAGGAGAUUCAUCCUUAAGAACAUGUUUAUGACUAGUAUCGCUCCUCUGCAACUUUAUCAUUCAGGACUGGUAUUUUCACCGAAACAAAGUGUUGUGCGAAAGAUGUAUAGCGAUAAUAUUCCAAAAUGGAUAUGUCCAUUACCACAAGUGGAAGCCACGUGGAGCUCCAAUCUACAGACACUCACGGGCCACUCAGAAUCGGUUAACUCUGUGGCCUUCUCUUCUGAUGGAUUAACCCUAGCCUCAGGCUCAAGCGACCAGACCAUCAAACUCUGGAAUGUGAAGACUGGCCAAGAACUGCAGACACUCACAGGCCACUCAGGUUGGGUUAGGUCUGUGGCCUUCUCUUCUGAUGGAUCAACCCUAGCCUCAGGCUCGUAUGACCAGACCAUCAAACUCUGGGAUGUGAAGACUGGCCAAGAGCUGCAGACACUCACAGGCCACUCAGAUUUGAUUAACUCUGUGGCCUUCUCUUCUGAUGGAUCAACCCUAGCCUCAGGCUCGUAUGACAAGACCAUCAAACUUUGGGAUAUGAAGACUGGCCAAGAACUGCAGACACUCACAGGCCACUCAGAAUCGGUUAACUCUGUGGCCUUCUCUUUUGAUGGAUCAACCCUAGCCUCAGGCUCACACGACAGGACUAUCAAACUCUGGAAUGUGAAGACUGGCCAAGAGCUGCAAACACUCACAGGCCACUCAGAUUUGAUUAACUCUGUGGCCUUCUCUUUUGAUGGAUCAACCCUAGCCUCAGGCUCACACUACGGGACUAUCAAACUCUGGGAUGUGAAGACUGGCCAAGAACUGCAGACACUCACAGGCCACUCAGAAUCGGUUAACUCUGUGACCUUCUCUUCUGAUGGAUCAACCCUAGCCUCAGGCUCACACGACAGGACUAUCAAACUCUGGAAUGUGAAGACUGGCCAAGAGCUGCAAACACUCACAGGCCACUCAGAUUUGAUUAACUCUGUGGCCUUCUCUUCUGAUGGAUUAACCCUAGCCUCAGGCUCAGAUGACAGGACCAUCAAACUCUGGGAUGUAAAGACUGGCCAAGAGCCGCAGACACUCACAGGUCACUCAGGUUGGGUUAACUCUGUGGUCUUCUCUUCUGAUGGAUCGACCCUAGCCUCAGGCUCAGAUGACCAGACCAUCAAACUUUGGGAUGUGAAGACUGGUCAAGAGCUGCAGACGCUCACGGGCCACUCAGAAUCGGUUAACUCUGUGGCCUUCUCUUCUGAUGGAUUAACCCUAGCCUCAGGCUCAAGCGACCAGACUGUCAAACUCUGGAAUGUGAAGACUGGCCAAGAACUGCAGACACUCACGGGCCACUUAAGUUGGGUUAGGUCUGUGGCCUUCUCUUCUGAUGGAUCGACCCUAGCCUCAGGCUCAGAUGACCAGACCAUCAAACUCUGGGAUGUGAAGACUGGCCAAGAGCUGCAGACACUCACAGGCCACUCAGAUUUGAUUAACUCUGUGGCCUUCUCUUCUGAUGGAUCAACCCUAGCCUCAGGCUCAAUUGACAAGACCAUCAUACUCUGGGAUGUGAAGACCGGUCAAGAACUACAGACACUCACAGGCCACUUAGGUUGGGUUAGGUCUGUGGCCUUCUCUUCUGAUGGAUCAACUCUAGCCUCAGGCUCGAGUGACAAGACCAUCAAACUCUGGAAUGUGAAGACUGGUCAAGAGCUGCAGACACUCACGGGCCACUCAGAUUCGGAAAGGUCUGUAGCUUUCUCUUCAGAGGAUUAUCUUAUUCCAAUUUUACAUAUGAACAGUAACCCAAACCUAUCUCAUCUUGACCAUCAACUCUCUUUAUCAAAUAACUGGGUCUCUAUGGCAGGUGAAAAGCUAAUGUAUCUUCCACCUGAGUAUCGUCUAUAUAUUUGCUUAGCUGUGAAGGGUGUGACCAUUGCGCUUGGGUAUAGUGACGGCCGAGUCAUUGCUAUGGGAUUUCAUAUACAAUAG